GCCGCGUAGUGUCCAUUCAUUCAUACGUGGAAUGGCCGCUGAAUUCUCAUUUGAACGAGUACUGGACCAUCAUGAAUAAAGUUCGCAUAGGCUUUCGGGCGGAGUGUAGAACGAAAGUGCGCAACAAGUACGCCAGGCUAAACACGGACGGCGCCGACGCGUACGUCAUUGGCGUUCUGCACGCGCACAAGGAGCAGAACUCUCCCAGCGGCUGUGACGAGAACGGCGUCCACCGUGAGCACACACUGAGGACGGAAGCCAUUCUAUAUGCUGUGGACCGUAUCAACGAGCGCAAGGACAUCCUUCCUAACAUCACCCUGGGUGCUAUAAUCAUAGAUUCGUGUUACAUCACGGAUAAAAUAGUCCAACAAAUCGUAGAACAUUGUCAACGGGCACGUCAAAGUCAAGAACCAUUUCGGAUUACUUUCUGUGCCAGUGGGCAUGAUAGGCACAAGCUCCAGCAGCCGAACUACCGCUGUGGCUCCGACGAUUCACUAGCACCCACUACGGCACCUACGAAUCGCGAACUAAUCCAGCAGGCGAACUACAAGGGAAUGCGCGUCGCGUAUCAAGUCCAGUUGGACGACACGAUCACGAACGACGAGAAAGGGCUGGACUACGUGUUCAGGCAUUUCAUCAUGAGCCGCAUGAGUCGGGUGAAGGUCAUCGUGGCGUUCUUGAGACGCGGCACGCUGAAGCGAAUCUUCCUCACAGCCCAACGUAACAAUGUCACCGGUCUGGUCUGGGUAGGUAGUGACUCUUUCACGGACAGUGACACGGCGGCAACGUCGCGCUUCGCUCUGGGCUCCAUAGGCGUUGUUUUCCACACGGGGAUUCUCGAUGACUUCGGUCGCUACAUCGAUUCCAUCAACGCCCGCAAACUGUGCCCUGAUGGCAAGAGUCACAUCGGCACCAUUCCCUCGAUGAUGACGGAGGUCAUCUUUAAUGGGUCUAGCGGCGAGCAGAUCAUGUUUGACAGUAAAGGUGAUGGAGUUGGUCGCUAUGACUUCAUAAACUUGAUUGAUCAUUCAGGGUUCGAAGCCGUGGUGGCGGCGCUAUGGGCGGUGGACAGGAUCAACGAGAACGGGUUGCUGCCAGAGGCCACGUUAGGAAUAGCUGUUUACGACACGUGCUCUAACCUCCGACAGAGCCCGCCAGAUGGCGCAGGAGGUGUUCGUCUUGUUUUCCACCAGAUAUCUAUGACUUCCUCUAUACUUCCCAAGGACUUGGCCUCUGAUGAUACGUUCUUCCGGACCGUUCCUCCGACGGACGCAGAGAUUCAGCUCAUCAUCCAACUUUUGAAGCGUCUAGGCUGGGACUACGUGCAUCUCGUUUACUCCGCGUCGCUCUCCAAGAACGCCACCGCGAAACGCUUCGUUGCUGACGCCUCUAGCCAAGAUGUGUGCGUCGCCACGAAGGUGCCGCUACACAGUUACUGGAAGGGUCUAGACCGUUACGUUGAAAGCUACAACACCCUGGUGGAAUCCCUGCGAUCCGCCGGGCCACCGCUGUACCAUCAUCUCAGCAGAGCCAUCGGGAUCGUCAUGAUCUCGCUGCUGUGCCUCGGUAUCGGCUUUACGGCGCUGCUUAUCUUCUAUCUGGUCAAGCUGACAUCUUCGCGGAGGGUGUACUUGGAACUCUCCACGGAUGCAACCGUGACGUUGAUUGUCGGCGUUCUUUUGCUCUACCUGUCGAACAUCACUUUCCUGUUUAGCGCCACAAACGGCACAUGUGGCGUCAGGAGAGUCUGUCUCGGUAUGGCUUACUGCCUGUGUUUCUCCGGACAACUUUUGGAUGUGGCUCGCCUGGCCCUUCUCAUGCAGUUGAAACCGGACGCUCCAGCCCAUGACGUUCUCAAGGCAAAGCGGGUCCAUAUCUACCUCCCGGUGUUGCUGGCCGGACAGAUCGUCCCGACCACCUUCUGGCUCCUCCUGGAGCCGUCUGGGGCGUUGCUCGACGUACCGCCCCCGCAAGAUGUCGCUUCACUGAAGGAAGUAUUGCCGACGUGGAGAUGCAAAAUUGACAGGUAUGAACUAGUCCUCAGUUUGGUCUACGACGCCGUCCUCUUACUUCACACCAUGAUUCUAGCGUUCAUGACCCGUCACGUGACCUCAGGGCACGGCGUCCGCCCAGCGCGCUCAGUUCUCAUGUCAACCGUUGUCAGCGCGAUUAUCUGGGUUGCUUGGAUACCGUUGUACCUCCACGUAGAGAACAAUGACGCGUACCUUGCCCUGGUCAGCGUCGGCAUAUCAUUGGACGCCACGUUUAUGUUGGGGAUAACCUUCAUGCCUAAAGUCGUCAAAUUAAUGGACAAUUCGGCGGAUAAUCCUCUCAGAGACGUGCCAUGGAAUCCUCAGCCGACAAUCUCUUACCGGAAAAUCCUGAACGUGAGGCGAGGAAGCACGGAGAUAAAUGAACGACAGGGAUUGGACGACGGAGGCUCGGGACAAUCUAGCCGCCACAACCAUACAUCUUCAGCAGAUCGUCCUAGCAACGUGACCAGCUUGAUCAGGGUCAAAGGUCGAGGAAUAAACUGGAAAGACAGAAGAGGAGGGUCAUUUCGCAGAAUUUUACCACCCAGCCCAGGUAAAUCAGCUGUACUCCAAAAACGGGCGAAGUUCAAGGAUGAAAGACACAGGGCGUCGUCCUUUGAAUCCUCCGAAGGUAUAUAUUGCUGAUGCAGCGGAUGGUACGCACUGAUGAUGAGUGACUCAUCGGAUGGUAUAAAUUGGUGACUCGGUGGUUGGAUGGUAUACAUUUCUGAUUCAUUCAUGAGAUGAUCUAUAUUGCUGAUGCAGCGGAUGGCACUGAUGAGUGACUGAUCGGAUGGUAUAAAUUGAUGACUCGGUGGUUGAAUGGUAUACAUUUCUGAUUCAUUCAUGAGAUGAUCUAUAUUGCUGAUGCAGCGGAUGGUACUGAUGAGUGGCUCAUUUGAUGGUAUAUAUCACAUUAUGACUCAGUGGUUGGACGGAAUAUGUUUCUAACUCAUUUGAUGAUCUACAUUGCUGACUCAUUCAUGCGAUGGUCUAUAUUGCUGACUCAUUCAUGAGAUGGUUAAUAUUUCUGACUCAUUCAUAGGAUGAUCUAUAUUGCUGAACCACUCAAGGGAAGAUAUAUUUUAGUUGACUGAGUCUUGGGAUCGUACAUAAGGGCGAAUCAGUCAUGGAAUGAUAGAUUACUGACUCACUGCUCAGGUGGUAUAUACAUGUAGUACUCA